AUGACCUAUCACCGGGAGCCGUGCGUCCAGGGCCCCAAUAAAUCCGUCGCGGUUCGGCGAUGGCGCGCCAGAUUGCUAUUUAUAGCCGCUAAUCCGACAUCCGAGGUGUGGGCCGAACAAUUGCUUCGCGCUUUUGAGUUUUCAGCGGCACCGAUCGCUGAGAUAAAGCGGGCGAAAGUAUUCGACGCGCGUUCCCGACGAUAUGACGUAUGGGCUGAUACGGAACCCGCGAAGCGGCUGCACGGCAGCGCUUUACCGCUUUUUGUCCAGUUCGUUAACCCGAAAUCUAGAGGCGACCACAUCGAGCUGGUGCCAAGACGAAGAAGACGAUUAAGAGGCUGGCUACAGAACACGCGGGAAGCG